AUGAGCAUUCUCUUAGCAGCAUCGGAAAUUCAUCUUCGUUUAAGGGCAGGCUCGUCACGGAAGUAUGCGAAGAUCACACGCAAAGGACCGCGAGGGAACUUUCCCGCCGGAGAUCAAGAGGGCCAGGAAUUCACUAUAAAAGUCAGGCGUUGCCUCAUGGGAGGUCUCCCUCUUAUCUCCAGUGGACCUGCCAGUCGUACGAGACGUUGUUGGAGAGAUCCGAAAGCUACAGAGAAGCUAGCGAAGGAUAUGAUGAGAAACGAUGAAAAAAUGUCCGACGAAGACAUGGAAGAUGACGACUCGAGUGUCAGAGCGGAACCACGAGUCAGAGGUGACUGGAGCAGCCUACACGUCACACUUGAAACCGCAUUUGGAUCAAUGGGAAACAGGGGCGGAGCAAACCGCAACAGGAGAGGCGCAGUAAUCGACUCAAGAGAAUGCAAAGGACAUUGGCAAUAUGAAUGCAAGGACGGAUGCCAGGAAGAAACAUGCUUCGGAGACCUGAAGGACAUCAUGUUCCCAGGAGCAUUUGCGAAGGAGCCAUUAGGCUCACUCCAGCGUGCAUGGGUCGUCGCCUGCACGUUUAUAAGGAACGACAUGAACACGGCUGAAAAGAUCAAAGCAUGGAAAAAAGGAGUCGCCGGUUGUCUGGACGCCGAAGCCCUGCAGAGAGUUUUGCAGGUGGUAUAUGAUCGCUGUAAAGACUGUGCCGAACUUCUACAUAUAUAUACGACAGAUGGAAUAUCGAAAUAUGAGAGGAUUGAUUACUACAGCUUCAAAAGGGAUUUAUGA